GCACUUCCAUCGCCGCUGCUAGGCUUCAGCCAGCUCCUUCGAAGAGGACCUUCCCGUUCGCGUUCGUGGUCCAUCCCAACCUCACAUCUCAUUCUUCAUACAAUGGCACAGUAUGGUUAUGGGCAGAGUCCCCAGUACGGGGGCGGUGGGGGCGCACAGAACCUCCAAUUCUACUCAUCCUCCUUCACAAACCAACCCGUGUCGGGGCAUUCCACGCCUUUUCAGGCUGGCUAUGGUGCACCGCAAGCUCAGGCAUAUCCCUCACAAUACGGUGCAGGAUUCUCAGCUCCUGGCGUGAGCGGACAAAUGGGUGUGGGAGUUUCGGGUUUGCGCACAGGAUGGCUGGCAGCUUUCGGCACAGAAGGAUACGAGGGGGAACCGCCAUUACUGGAGGAGCUCGGAGUCAACUUCUCGCAUAUCAAGAUGAAGACUUUGGCGGUGCUCAAUCCGUUCGGCAGGAUUGACCAGCACAUCAUGGAUGAUAGCGAUGUUGCGGGGCCAAUACUUUUCUUCUUCAUAUUCGGAACAUCUUUGCUCCUCUCGGGGAAGCUCCACUUUGGGUACAUUUACGGUCUUGCUUUCAUUGGCACACUUAUGCUUCACACCAUUCUCUCCCUCAUGUCCCCUCCACUUGAUCCAGCAGAGGCCGCAGCGAGCCAGGAUCAUAGUCACCGAAGCAGCUCACACUUCUCCUCUUCUCUCACGUAUCCUCGAUCUGCCUCCGUUUUGGGCUACUGUCUUCUUCCUCUGGUAUUUACUUCCAUGGUUGGCAUUGUCAUUCCCAUGGAUGGUCUUUUCGGAUACCUGCUCACUAGUCUCGCAAUCGUCUGGUGCUCUUACUCGUCUAGUUCCAUGUUUACAGUUGUUGGACGAAUGACAUCUAUGCGUGGUCUUGUGGCUUAUCCCAUGGUGCUCUUCUAUGGAAGUUUCGGUAUCAUGGCUAUCUUCAGUUCUCGGGGAACCGGACAACUUGCGAAGGCAACAGGCGGCAGCGCAUAAAGGGAAGUGCGAUGC